AUGUUAGGACAUAAAUGCUAUUGGGCAAUUUGCAUGAAACAUACAAAUGAACUCAAGCUACGACAUUUACUUAUAUUCCUUGAUGGUCCGACAAGUAGCAAGGACGGAUUUACAGGAUAUGUUUACAAAAAUCUUAAAUGGAGAGGAUAUGCCUUUCUCAUCAAGUUUCCAAAACUUGAUGAGAAAGGCAUAAAAAACUUAUCUACUGAUGCUUAUAUCAGUUACAGAUAUGUAAAUGCUACCAAGUCAGGAAAACUUUCACUGGAUCUCGCAAAUCUAAAAUGUGGAUCACUGUCUCAUUCUCGCUCGCUAACUUUAGAAGUUUUUAGUUGCCCAAGCAAUCUGUUUGAGUAUGGAGACUAUUGUUACCUAUUUGCUAGUGGAAGUGCAACACAAAAUGGAUUAAGCUGGCAAAUGUCUCUUGUUGUAUGUAAGACAAUGCAAGGAAAUUUGUUAAACGUUGCAGAUCAAGCAGAAAAUUUAUUUAUUUUAAACCACCUCAGAAAUAUUAGCAUAAAUGACCUGCAUUUCUGGAUUGGUCUCAAUAACCUUCAAAGAACCUAUGUUUGGUCUGAUCAUAAAACUUCACUAUUUUAUAGUUGGAGCCAGGGUCAACCUGAUAAUUAUUCAAGUCUUGAGGUUUGCGUUGAUGUAACUUCUAAUGGUUGGAGUGAUGCUACUUGUGAUAACACUUAUGGAUAUAUUUGUAAAACAAAACAAGCCUGUGGUGGUACCUGUAAUGGUUAAUUCACAGCAUGUGUUGAUAAUGUAUGUCUAUGUUAUAGUAACUACACCUUGAUAAAUGGA